UAGAAAUUUGGAUGCAUUUAAGUUAGUAAUUACAUAUUAAUUUUCGAUUCAACUCUCUUGAUUUCGAUGAAGGUUUUUCUUGUAGAACUUGUUCUAUUGUAUGAGAUAUAUUGGCUGUGCGAUUUUAGUGUUGUUCUGUUUGGUUCUCUAAGUUUUCUUCGAUCCUUGUAAUGGGAAUUUCUUUGUUCUAACGAGUUUUUAGUCUGUUAAUUUUAUCUUCAAGUGUUUGGGUUUCGUUAACUGCUGGUGAAUUAUCCAUCGAGUGGGGGAAUUUUAUCGACACACUACUGUUGUCUACUAGAAUGAGAACGGAUAGUCAACAAUGUGAUAUUGGGCAUUAUAAUGAGUAAUUUGUAGAUGAUUUGCAGGAACUAGCCCACUUUAAGGAUUUAAUUAAUUUCCCAACCUUCUCAUUGUCCGUUUUGAUUGAGGAGUUCAGUUCCUUGAUUGUUUAUUUUCAUGUCCAGCAAGGUGUUUGUUCUAUUCAACUAUGCUAAUCAGUAGAAGUUGUAUAGUUAGCAAAAACCUUGCUUCUUCUAGGUUGCUAUACGAUCUAAAAAUGGUGCCCACGAUAUUUUCCCAUCCUUUGAUCACUGUGAUCUUCUAUCUCACUAUGCAUAAAACAGGACACUUGCAGGUUGGCAUGUCCUUGCACUCCCACCUUAUCAAAAUUGCGCUUUCAUUUGAACUCUCCCUUGAAAAGCGUCUUAUUGACGACGUGUAUUCUAAAUUAAUUCUAUGGAAAAUACACAGAAGGCAUUUGAUGAUUUACCAAUUAGAAAUAUUCACUCUUAGAAUACCAUUUUUGCCUCCUACUCAUGUGUUGGAUUUUUGGGUCAAGCUCGUAUGGUCUUUCAUGAAAUGCUUCAUCCAAAUAUUGUUAGCUACAAUACCUUGAUUUCUAGCUUUACUCACGAUGGGUUGAAUGUAGAAUCAAUGAAUAUCUUUCGACAAUUGCAACAAGAUUUUGAUCUUUUAGUCUUAGACAAGUUUACUCUUGCGAGUAUAGUGGGUACUUGUGCCUGUUUGGGAGCUCUGGAAUCAUUGUGUCAGGUUCAAGUUUAAUGUGAUUGUUUUCAAUGCUGUAAUUGAUGCAUAUGGUAAAUGUGGCGAACUGGAUACGUCAUAUUCUAUUUUCAGUCAAAUGCAGGAGAGAAAUGUUGUUACCUGGACCUCAAUGGUUGUAGCCUAUUCUCAGACAUCGAUGUUAGAGGAUGCUUUUCGGAGUGUUAAGUUGUAUGCCGGAGAAAAUGUCCAUACUUGGACUGCUUUGAUUAAUUCUUUUGUAAGCAACAAGUAUAGAAAUGAGGCCCUGGAUUUAUUUGAACAAAUGCUGGAGGAAAAAAUUUCUCCUAAUGAUUUGACAUUUGUAGGUUUUUAGGUGCUUGUGUAGAUCUUGGUUUAAUAGCAAAAGGCAAAACAAUUCAUGGACUCAUAAUCAGAAGGAAUAGUGGCCUUAAUUUUUCAAAGGUAUUUAUAUGCAACACUAUAACUGAUCUGUACAGUUAGAGUGGGGACAUGAAAUCAGCUAAGACGUUAUUUAACUUGAUUCUUGAAAAAGAUGUAGUGUCGUGGAAUUCAUUAAUAACUGGGUAUGCAUAAAUGGGAUUGGAAUGGAAGUUCUUCUUGACUUUAGGAGAAUGAUAGAUGUAGGGAUAGGACCUAAAGUGCGUUUCUAGGAUUGCUGUCUGCCUGUUCCCAUACUGGUUUGUCAUCUAAAGGAUUAUAUAUUUCGGAGUUAGUGGAACAGUUUUGUGGUAUUAAGCAUAGUUAGAUCAUUAUGCAGUCUUGAUUGAUAUGUUUGGAAGAAAAAAUAGACUUGCCGAAGUAUUGGAUUUAAUGUCCAGGGCACCUAAUGGAUCAAAACACGUCAUGGGGUGCAGUUCUGGGGUCUUGUUGAAUGCACAAAAAUUUGGACCUGGCUAUGAGAGCUGCAGAAACUUUGAUUGAGAUGGAGCCAGAUAACGCUGGAAGAUAAAUAAUGUUAUCUAAUGUAUUUGCAGCAAAUAGAUGGAUGAAUGCCCAUAGCGUGAGAAAACUCAUGGUGGAAAGAGGUUUCAAGAAGGGAGUAGCAUAUGACUGCAUAGAAAUUAGAAAUACAAGACAUAAGCUUGUGGCAAGAGAUACUUCCCAUAGGCAUAUGGGUGUAAAGUUGUUCGAUCUCUGUCUUAUGAGUUAGUAUGCAGAGAUGAAAUUCAGAAAUAAUUUCCCUGUAAGAGGGAAAUAUCUUUCUUUUGUCGUGGUUGCUCUUGCAUUCACUGUCUUGGUGUUGUGGGCGUGGCAGGAAAAUCCUUUUCUUUCCACGUCUCAAUCUGUUCAAGCAUGGUAUAGAACUUCUUAUGCAGGAUUCAUUGUAGGUCCGACGAACAGUUCUGAAUUACCUAACACAGCAAAGGAGAAUACUGAAAAAACAUAUUCAAAUUCAAGUACAAAAGAAGAGACAGUAAAAGAUAGUGCACACUCAGAAGUUACACCCACAGACUUUGCAUCCACAAUAAUUCUUAACAGGAGCCAGAGUAAUGAGAACACCUGUAGCUAUGGAAAUGGUGGAUGGGUCCCUGAUGAUAGUCGACCGCUAUACUCUGGUUUUGGGUGUAAGCGAUGGUUAUCUGCUAUGUGGGCAUGUAGACUGACCCAGAGGACAGAUUUUUCUUAUGAGAGAUAUCGUUGGGUUCCCAAAGAUUGUGCGUUGCCAGCAUUCCAGCGGUCUGCAUUCCUGCAAAGAAUGCAGGACAAAACCAUUGCAUUCAUUGGCGAUUCAUUAGGAAGGCAGCAGUUUCAGUCUUUGAUGUGUAUGGUCACUGGUGGGGAAGAGAGUCCUGAUGUUGAAGACGUGGGAAAGGAAUAUGGUCUUGUCAAAGCUAAGGGUGCUAUUCGUCCAGAUGGCUGGGCUUAUCGUUUCCCGAGCACCAAUACUACUAUUUUAUACUAUUGGUCAUCAAGCCUCAGUGAUUUAUUGCCUUUGAACAUCUCAGACCCAACCACUGAUGUAGCCAUGCAUCUUGAUCGUCCUCCAGCAUUUCUGAGAAAGUUCCUCCAUCGGUUUGAUGUGUUGGUUCUUAAUACAGGACAUCACUGGAACAGAGGAAAAAUUAGACAAAAUAGAUGGAUAAUGUACAAAGAUGGAAUUCGUAGUGAACUCGGGAACUUGAAAGAAAUUGGCAUAGCUAAGAAUUUUACAGUGCAUAGUAUCAUCAAAUGGCUUGAUUCGCAACUUCCCUCUCAUCCUCGACUCAAGGCUUUUUUCAGGACCAUAUCUCCUCGCCAUUUUCGUAAUGGGGAAUGGAAUACUGGUGGUAACUGUGACAAUACCACACCGUUAACUAGAGGAAGCAAUGUUGAACAGAAUGAAUCAAGUGAUGCAAUGGUUGAGAGUGCGGUAAGAGGUACAAAGGUAAAGAUGUUAGAUAUAACUGCUCUUUCUCAGUUGAGGGACGAAGCUCAUAAAUCCCAUUUCAGUAUUAAAGGAACCUCGGGCGGUAGUGAUUGCUUGCAUUGGUGUUUACCUGGUAUCCCGGAUACGUGGAACGAGAUUCUUAUUGCACAAAUAUAGCUCCUUUUAGUCUUAAACGUUCACCUUUUGGACAUUCAGAUUUGCUCCCUUAUCUUUCCAACUUGCAUUUUGCAACCUCUACUUUUGGUGAUUGGUUCAGAGGAAGAUGAGCAUUGGAAUGGGGCAUUCAGUGUUAGUAGUGAGAAGUGAUGGCACUGUCGUUCUUGAUAUUUGGUCAUAUUAAACAAUUGUAUAAUCAAGGGUUUUAUACCAAUUAAUGAUUUCAUUAACGAAUAAAUGAUUUUUUUUGUGCA